AUGUACAAACAACAUUUGGAAAAAAAAAUUCAAGAUCAAUUUAAGGUACCUACGAGUCAUACACUUAAAUCAGUUCAAGUUGCUACACAAGUUGUUGCUGGAAUGAAUUAUUUUUUUAAGGUUGAAUUACCAGAUAAAAAAUAUGCAACAGCUUGUGUUUAUCAUAUUGAAUGGGAACAAGAGACUCAUGGAAAAGAAGAUCAGGUCACUGUACAUACUAAACUUAGUGAAAAUCCAAAUGAAGACAUGGGUUGGUUUUAA